UUCAACCUUUUUGUAAACAUUCAUCCCAUGUAAAAUACAACACGAAGAAUCAAGGUUAGCACCGAUUUGCAUCUUUGAAACUAUUUUGAAGCGUAUGGCUGAUCAAAUUCAGUCUGUCAUCUCAUCAGUGGGAAAGUGGGUACCUUCUUUUUUCCCCCGGAAAGAAAUUGAGAAAGUUAUAGUACGAGAGGUGCAAAUGAUCGGCAUCCCUCCAACAGCACGGAUAUUUUUCCGUGUUGCCGGUAUUUCUGGUGCCAUAGCCGUAGCUCUUGGUGCUUAUGGCUCUCACGUUUUUCGUCAAAAGGAAGUUGAUCAACGCUUGAAAGAACAGCCUACUAAUCAAACAGAUAUAUCACACUAUAGAAGGGAGACUUUUGAAAUCGCCAACAAGUACCACUUUAUCCAUACCCUUGCUCUGUUAGCAAUACCAUUAACCAGAAAGCCGUUACUGAGUGGAUCUUUAAUGACAGCCGGUCUUGUUCUCUUCUGUGGAAGCUGCUACUACCACGCCAUCACAAACAACAUGAGCAUUAGAAAAGUGACACCUUAUGGCGGUUUCCUGCUUAUCUUUGCCUGGGCCUCCAUGGCCCUCUGAGAUUUGCUGAAGAAGGAAUGUCUUUAAGCAAUGUUGUGAUUGGUUUGUGCAGUUAUAGUUUUAAUAUUUUUUUGCAGUUUAGUUGCAGUAUUUUUAUAGAUUACAUUUAGAGAGAAACAGUUGUUUUAAAUUUUUUGCGACAAUGACAAAAAGUUUACUGUAUUUAAUCGUAAACAACAGAAAUAAUCAUUGACGAUUUAACUUUUUAAAUCUUUUAUUUAAUUCCUAUUGUUUUUAAAUGCAGUAUAGUUUUUCAUUUAGUUAUAGUACUUUUUAAAAAUAAUAAACUGGUCAAAUCAUUAGGGUGAUGUACCAGUGUUAUAGAUAUAAUGUUUUGUAAAAAAAAGGUGAAUUUUAAGUUUAUUAAGAACAGUCAUUUUCUUUCUCAUUUGUGUACAAAUAUUUUUAUUGGCUGGAUGAAUACGAUGGAGUAAGUGGAUUUUUUGUGUAUGUUGACUUCUAAAUUGUUUGUUAGCACUGUUGUGGAUGUGAAUGAUGAAAUGGUGAUGUUGAUGUGUCUCUGAAAUUCAAAUUUAGUAUGACUGUUUCUGCGAGACCAUUACUUCAUGUCUUUGAGAUAAAAUUUUAGAUUAAACCUUGGCAAUAAAAUUUGUUAAAUUA